AUGCAGUUCUGUUUUGUAAAGCACACAUGUGAUGUGUGUCUAUACGGCGGAUAUGCUUCCGCGCUCGCCUCAACCUAUGCCACCAGGCGUGCCUCGCGCACGGUCGUCUUUCUGCGUCUCAUGGCGCGUCGGCUCUGUGAGCAUGCGACCGCGUGCGCGCAAGAAGCGCAUGUGGCGGCGGCGCUGAUAACAGUGGAGAGUCAGUUCCUUGAGUUGCCACUAUAUGCCAACUCCCCGCAGGCCUAUUACGUGUUGAAGGGUGAGGCUAUGGCAGGCCUCAUUAGCCCCAUGGGAGCACCAACGAAUCUCAGGCGACUGAGAGAGGGAGACGCCUUUGCGAUUCCCAGGGGAUGGGCGCGGUGGAUUUGGAACAACGGCCGGCAGCCGUUCCAGGUUCUCUCCGUCGCCGAUACUUCUGAUGCCGCUGCUGACACCUCCAAGGGCACGCCAAGUGCUGCCAGCCGCUACACCGUCUUCCACCUCAUGGGCGCGCAGAAGGAGAACUUUGGAAGUAUUCUGCACGGCUUCAGCCCGGACCUGCUGGCACAGGCAUGGGACGUGGAGGAGGGGGAGGUGCAGCAGCUGCUGCAGGCGCAGCAGGAGAGCGUAUUUGUCAAAGUCACACCACAGCUUCGGGCAGAGCUGGAAAACUAUGGGGAGGAUGAAGAGGAGGAGAAUGAGGAGGAGGAGAAUGAGAAUGAGAAUGAGACUGAGAAUGAGAAUGCGACUGAGAAUGAGGAGGAGGAGGAGGUGGAGGAGGCAGAGGAGAAUGAGGGGGGAGAUGAGGAGGCGUACGGGGGAAGGGGGAACGACCAGCCGCACUUUGGCAAGGGAGCAAAACCCAGUGUGAGCAUCUUUGCGGAUUUCACCUACAACCUCAAGACCCGCCAGCCGGACAUUGUUGCGAAGCGCGGCGGCAACAUGACAGUCGCGAAUGGAUACAAGCUCCCGGCGUUCCGCAAAGUGGGGUUUGCAGUGGCGCGCUUCAGCCUGGAGGGCAACGCCAUGACGGCUCCCAGGUGGCUGGCGAAUGCUGCUUCGACGCUGUAUGUCACCAAGGGCAAGGGGUGUGUGGAGAUCACGUACCCUGAUGGCAGGCAGGCGCUGCGCCAUGAUGUGAAGGAGGGGGACUUCGUGGUCGUUCCUGCCAGCUACCCACACGCUGCUCUGGCCUACGGGGAGGGUCUGGAGUGCAUUGCCAUGAUUCCCAAGAGCCGCCCGCAGGCGGGGUUCCUGGCGGGGGCGAACUCGGUGUUCCGCAUGCUGCCUCGCAUUAUCCAGCGCGCCGCUUUCAACGCCGAUGAGAAGCUGCUGGAGAAGCUGCGCGCGACUAGGCAGAGCGAGUAUGGCAUCCUGCGCCCAGGUCAGGGAGAGGCGGAGGAGGAGAUACCGAUGCUCAUUGAGCAGGUGGUGGGCUUCUGA